AACAAAUACAUAUAUAAAACACUUCAAUGUUUUUAUUCUUCUGUAAUUAAUAGUUUAAAUGCAGCAAUGUGAACACCAGAAUCAUUAAAUAAUGUGACACAUCGAAGCAGAAAUAUUUGACAAUCUUUGCUUGUUUCUUGUUGUAGUAAAUGGGAGGCAUUGUUCAUUAGCUAUUAUAUUAAUUGGAAAUACAAUAUACUCGGAAUGGGACAAGCAGUUCGUUACUUAUGAAUUGUAUAUAUCAACAAAAUCUAUGUGACCAUUGUCUAUUCUUGUCUUAACCAUGUCUGUACCUACUGUAUACGUAAGCACUGAUAACCAGAAACAAAUUCCCUUUAUCUGUGAACAUACUUGGUCAAAUAAACCUGAUUCUGAUUCUAUGAUUCUGGUUCUAUUCAAAUGAAUAGCAAAUUUCCAAAACUCACUCAGUACAUUAUUAUAAAACACACGAGACCGCCAAUGGCUUGCUGGCUUCCUACUCAUAUGUUACAAUAUUGGGAACCAAAACUCACUCAGUCCUCAUGCAAUCCAACAAAAAAAAAAAAACCUUCAUUUAAUUUCCAAAACUAAAAAUUCCACAGAAUUUUCCUGAAUGAGUUUUAGAAAUUUGCUCUUCAAAUGAGGUCUCUGCAGUAUAGAUCCCUCAGUGUAGAGUGCACUUGAUGGCUUUUCUCCACUGGCUCCCAGACCAUCCCGUUUUUACCCAUUGAUCCCAUUGUCUUCUGCAUCACUACACAUCGUCCUGUGAAUAAAGGCCGUCUGGCUGUCAGCUUAAAUAUUGCGACGAACCCAAACCCCGACCGUCGGACCAAAUUCAUUCAUGCUCAGCGGCACGGCAAAGACCUGGCUCUAGGUGGCAGAGGGACUGAGAACAAACUUCACUUCAUUCUGCAACGUGCCAAGUGAAGGUGGCCUCAACUGGACUGGCGCCUCCACGUCGGCAAGUUGCCCAUUUGCUGCCUGCUUUUGUCUAUAUCACUUGCUUCAUAAGAGAUCUGCCCUGGUAUGGUUAGCUUUGCUGAACUGCGAUUCGAUCCACUGUUCUGUUACCUUAGCUGAAGAGAGUGAAGAAAGCUUUAAAAGCCGUACCGCUCUCUUCUGAUGCUGGUCUGCAGUGAGGAGCUUUCACAAGGAUAUUACUACCCCUAAGAGCUCUUAAGAAAUCUAUAAAGGAUGUAUAGGGAAUUUACAGCAGUUGUUCCUUAAUUUUUUGCUUACACCUGCUGCACAAUGGUGACAUUAGAACAAUAUAGCAAUUGAUUUGGUGCCCAACAGGAAAUCUCGCCAUUCUGAAUUGAUUGCUUUCUAACAUCCUGUUUUCUUUUCUUGUUCACCGCCUUGCAGUAGUAAUUACCAACAAUGGGUGACUGGAGCUUCUUGGGAAAUAUUUUGGAAGAAGUCAACGAACACUCAACGGUGAUAGGCAGGGUGUGGUUGACGGUGCUCUUCAUCUUUCGGAUCUUAAUCCUGGGCACGGCUGCAGAAUUCGUCUGGGGGGACGAGCAGUCAGAUUUCGUUUGCAACACCCUACAGCCCGGUUGUGAGAACGUUUGCUACGAUGAGGCAUUCCCCAUCUCCCAUAUCAGACUCUGGGUGCUUCAGAUCAUCUUUGUCUCCACGCCUUCGCUGAUGUAUGUGGGCCAUGCUGUGCACCACGUCCACAUGGAGGAGAAACGCAAGGAGAGAGAAGAGGCAGAGAUGAACCGGCGGCAGGAGACAAAUGAGGAGGGGCCCCCCUUAGCACCAGAUCAGGGCAGCCUCAAGACCACCAAGGAAAGCAGCAGCAAGAGAAGCAAGAAAUUUCGUUUGGAAGGCACCCUGCUGAGGACCUAUAUCUGUCACAUCAUCUUCAAGACGCUGUUUGAGGUAGGUUUCCUAGUGGGCCAAUACUACCUUUACGGUUUCAGCAUCCAGCCUUUGUACAAAUGUGCCCGAUGGCCUUGUCCCAACGAUGUCGACUGUUUUGUGUCACGCCCCACUGAAAAGACAGUGUUCAUCAUCUUCAUGGUGGCCGUGGCCUUUGUCUCUCUGUUCCUCAACGUUGUGGAGAUCUCCUAUUUGGGGCUGAAGCAGAUCCGCUUCACCUUUCGCAAGGCGCCUCAGCAACAGGCUGAGAGAUUGGUCCUUGAGAAGAGUCUGUCUUCAGUUCUUGUCCCGACCAACCCAAAGGCUAAGGGUUACAAGCUGCUAGAGGAGGAGAAGCCUGUCUCUCACUUUUUUCCCCUGACGGAGGUCGUGAUGGAGGAAGGACAGCUCCUUGCUCCCUUUGAGACAUUUGAAGAGAAGACAGAUGAGGCAGAAACCAAAGCUUUUGAUGAAGCUUUGCCUUCCUAUGUUCAGACUAUUAAGUCAAGGGUAGAAGUUGUGGAAGAGGAAGGAGAGGAGGACGAGAAGCAUGGAGAUGAGAAUGGGGAGGAGGUGGAAGAAGAAUACUCAGUGGAGGAACCCUCUGCGAAUGCUGAGGUAGAGGCCACCGAGACGAUAGAAGACACCAGACCACUUAGCAGCAUGAGCAGAGCCAGCAGCAGGGCGAGAUCAGAUGAUCUGACAGUAUGA